UUGCGUUUGUUGUGUUUUUUGGUGUUGGAAAAGAAUUUUUUUAAAAAACAAAUUUUCUUAAAAAGACAUUUGUUAUUGCAUCUUGAAGCUCAAAGAGAAUUUAUUUCAUACAAGAUUUGUAAGGGUCGAAGAUGGCUGUUGAGAGACGUGGAAACAUGGCAACAAGACGACUCCGACAAGAUUAUAUGAGGCUAAUGAGAGAUCCUGUUCCCUAUGUGAAAGCUCAUCCUUUGCAGCAGAACAUUUUAGAAUGGCAUUUUGCUGUGCAAGGUCCCGAAGACACACCAUAUAAAGGUGGUAUCUACCAUGGAAAGCUUAUUUUCCCUGGUGAAUUUCCAUUUAAGCCUCCAAGUAUAUAUAUGAUCACUCCAAAUGGCAGGUUUAAGACAAACACUAGGCUUUGCUUAAGUAUCAGUGACUUUCAUCCAGAUACAUGGAACCCAGCUUGGUCAGUAGCUACUAUAUUAACUGGUCUUCUGAGCUUCAUGGUAGAAAAAAAUCCAACUUUGGGCAGCAUUGAAACAUCCGACUAUGAGAAAAAGAUGUUAGCCACAAGAAGUCUAGAAUUUAAUCUGAAAGAUCCUGUUUUCUGUGAACUGUUUCCUGAUUUAGUUGAGGCCUCAAGAGCGAAAAUUAGUGAAAAGAAACAUCUGAAUAUGCCUAACAGUUUAGAAGGUGCUAUUGCUUUUACACUUGAGACACCCAACUCUCAACUUGGUAAAGGCCAAGCUGUAUUAAGUGCACUCACUAAUGUUGCUGUUAUUGUGGGUUUUGCAGCCUUUGCAUAUACAGUUAGAUAUGUUCUAAUGAGUAUUAUUAAGUGAUGUUAUUGCUUGAAACAUUUUUAUCUUCCAAGACAUCUUUCAUCACUGUCACUUUUAUAUGGUUGAACAGUGACAUUGUGUUUAUUGAAUCAUUUACUUUUAUUUCUUUAGUUGCAUUAUCUGCACAAAGGUUAUUGUUUAAACUUAGUUUAUUUUUUCUAAAACUGGAGAUAUAUAUGUUUUUUUUAUUGUAAGCUAUCUUAAUUAAGAUAACUAUAUUAAGAAUGUUAUAAAAUUUGAAAGGUUAUUGCCAAAUAUUAUUAUAUACCUAUAUUUUUUUUUUUCAAAAUUGCAAUAAACUUGUCUUUUGUUGCAUCCCUUGUAAAAGUAUGUAAAUAGAUUUUGUCAAAUAAAAAGAGAGAUAGAUAUAUUUAUGUAACCAAACGGUGAUGAAUAUUAUAUGUAUGUAUAAAUGUGAUACAAUAUAAGAUACUAUCUCAUUAUUUAAAAUUUGUGUAAUUCCAUUUUUUCUCUUCUUUUUGUGUGUGAAUGUGCGUUUGUAAAUGCUGAUUUUUACAGCAGCAAAGUGUCUGCUGUUGAUUGCAUUUAAUCAAAAAACUUUCUAAAUUCCAAUUUUGUUCUGAUAAUCAGGGUGGCGACAGCAACUGUGAAAAAAAGUUCCCUGACUUUUCCCUGAUUUCCCUGAUUAGGUUCAUCAAAUUUCCCUGAUUUACGUUACCAAUGAUAAUGGUUUCCUUUCUUUGCUCUACUUGAAAUCCAUUGUAUGUUUGUAUAAAAUGCAGUAUUUUAAACGUUUUAAGUUGUGUAAAGUUGUUGAACUAAAGGUAUAAUUUUAAAAAGAUGCUUUUUUUAAAUAAAAUUAAAAAAAAAAAACAUAUCAAGUAAAUUUUUUUUGGAAAACCCCUACAAAACAGUAAUUAAAUUUUUGUAUUUGAAAAGUUAUAAAAAUUAAAAAAAAAAAAAAAUACUUUACUUCCAGUAACCACUUAGCAUUAAAAUUUUUAGAAACUAUUAAAAUCACCCUUAAAAACAUAUGUGUAUUUAUGAUAGAACUAAAAAGUAAUUGAAAUUAUUUUGAACUGAAUUUUCAAACAGGAUAAUAAUUGUUGUAAGAAAAACAAGUAAUAGUGAAAUAAUAGAAGUAAUGUAGUUAUUCUUAUAUAACCAAUUGACAUAUUUAUGCAAAACAGAUGAAACCUUUUGACAUCCAUACAUAGGGAGCUUUUCUCUAAUCACGAACAUAGGUUUUAAUGAAUGAUUACAGCAUUUUAACAAUAAAAAAAUAAAGAUAUUUACUUAAGUGCACAAGUUAACUCUAUUUCAAAUGAUUUUAGUAUGUAUCGAAAAAAAUCUUUGUUUGCUUUUGUAACAAACAGCUUUAAAAUGCAAGGGGAAAAAAAGCAAUUGGUUAAUUUCUAAAUAUAUAAAGGAAUACAACUUGGUUUUAAAAUAAAAGAAUCAUUUAAGCCUGAAAAAAUAAAACCUUUCUAAUCUGUGGUGACAGCAAAUAGUAUAACGGCAAAAAACAAAGUUUUUUUUAUUAUUCAAAGUUCAAUUUUAGCAAUUACAUUAAAAACGCGAAGAAGUAAUAACUUUUAAGCUUUUAUCAGUAAUAAUUCAAAAAACAAAGAUUUCUUCUUGAAAUUCUGAUUGCAAUACACUUAUUACUUCGAGACAAUGGAAUAAAGGCAAAGGAUUUAAGGCAUUAAUGACAGUUUCCUCUUUGCCUGUAGGGUUGUUUAUUUUACGUAGUAUUGAAAGCGUGAAAGCAAACUUCAACCUAGGUAAAAGAAAACUUUACAGACACAAAAGCAAUCUUAGGAAGUUCAUCCUGUGGUUAAUAAGUAAGAUGCAAUACUUUGACGUUGAGUAACAAAGAUGCACAAAUAUGCGGCAGUGUAUAAUCGCACCUCAUUAAUUUUAAUUUUUUUUUUUUUUUUUGAACAGAUAAUUGGCGUAAAAUGCGUAGAGAAUUAGGGUACUUAAUUUUGCAAAGAAAAAAAAAAAUUCUUCAUAAAAUAAAUUUUCCCUGAUUUUUUGUUAUUUUUUCGAAAUUCCCUGAUCUCCCUGAUCUGUCGUCACCCUGAUAAUAUUUGUAUUGAAGCAGUUUAGUACUUAUGCUUCAGCUCAAAAUUAGCUCUUAGAAAAGUAUUUUAAUGAUCAUUGCAUUGGCAUUCAUUAAAUUUUUAAACCACUCCUUAGUUUCAGAAAAAAAAUCAGUUAUAUUCAUUUCAUUUUUCAAGGUAAGAUGGAAGCGUGAUUUAUGUAACCAUGAAGAGAAAGUUUAAAUUGUUAGAUUAAUUGAGGCGUUUAGAAUGAAAACCAGCUCAAUCUGUGAAAUUUUAAAAUCCUUUUUUUCUUUAUAAUUUGAUACUUUGUCUAUACUAUCACGUUACAAAGCAACUUGGAAUGAAUGCCCCUCUCAAUCGGGUCGAAAACCGCUUUUUACUUCAAAAUCAGCUCAAUCCAUGCUUUUACUAUAUCUUCGCUGUUAAAAUUAUACAGGUGACACCAACAACAUAAUUGGGCAAUUCCAUGGGUAACUGACCGACAUUUUUGAAGCGAAACUAGAUGCAUUUUGUCACAUUCUAAGCAAAAUAUGCAUAAUUUUCAAAAUCUUUUCAACUGAUUUAUUGUUCUUUCUAAGCUGAAUUUAAUGGUGUAAUUGAAUUCCUAAAAUUGUUUGGGUGGUUUUUAACUAUUUUUUAAAAAUCAACCAAAAGUCAUUUUGGGAAUUUAACUACACCUUUAAAUUUAGCUUAAAAAAACAAUAAGUGAGGGGAAAUAUAUUUUAAAUUAUACAUUUUUUUGUAGAAUGAGACAAAAUACAUAUGGUUUUGCUUCAAAAAUGUCAGUCGGUUACCCGUGGAAUUGCGCUAUCGUAAUAAAUUGCUUAAACCUCUCAUUUUUGAUUGCACAGGCUAGUACAUGGCAUGAAAGUGAGAAACCACAUUAAUUAAUUGGGAUUUGAAUGGAAAAUUAAAAUGAGGAUCCUUUGUUUCAAAAUCAGCUCAAACCAAGUGAUUUUAUUUGUAAAUAAUUACUACUACAAAUUCAGAAAAUAAAAAUAAAAUCGUACACCGAAUGUUUUUCAAAUGGAAAAAUGAGAUGGGAAUGAAAUGUUUUUUCUCCUCUAAUUUUUCUAUCAAUGGGGGUGAGCUAGUUUUGAUACUAAAUGCUUCAAUUUAAAAGUAGAUUUUCAUGCAUGGUUGAUCUUUUUCAAACUUUAUAUUUUCAUUCAAAUCAAGUUCAAAAUUUUAUUUAUAUCAAAAGCAUGACUCAUUUUCAAAGGUUCUAUUGAAUGUGUCGUUUGAAAUUAGUUUUGGUUUUUAAAAUAUAUUUAAUAAUGAGGAUAUCUGAUCCAUGACAGAAUAUUUAAUUGAAUUUCUUCACUAUGAUAUAAAUGUUUAAAAUCAUACUCCAUUAGCUAUAAGAUUUAGAAUAGUUAACCUUUAUAAAAACAAUAAUUAUUAUAUUUGUAACUUGACAUUCCAAUUUACUUGUUUGAUGAUUGAACAUUUUCUGGAGUGGAAAGCUAAAAUCCAUUUUCGUACAGCCUUGUAUCAGCAAAACUAGCAAUUUUGUAUCAAAAGAAAUCAUAUUUUUGUAAUAACUUGGAUAUUUUUGUAGCAAAAAGAAUUUUUUUUUUUUGAAAAUCUUAAGUGUCUCAAAAAACGAAUAUCAAUGUAACUCAAUAUUUAAAAAAAAAAAGUCAUAUCUAUGGCAAAUCGUACUGUAAUGAAGAAAGCAAAAAAAAAAAAAGAUUCAUUUAGUUAAAAGUGAAAUUUUAUCUUCAAUACAUUACCACAUUAUGCAGUAUCAGACAUCAAUCAAUGAAGGUAAAAAUAGUGCAAGUCAAUUAAACAAGAUUUUGAUUAAUUUAGGGGUUCGCAACGCCCUUUGUAGAAUUAAAAUUUUUCUCACAGCACUACAGUCUACCUCUAUUAUAUACAGGUACGCAGUGGCGCAUGCAGAAUUUUCUCAACGGAAGGGUUUUUUCUCCCAAACAAAUGUAAACACAAGACCCCAAUCAACUAAAGUUGAAAAUAAAAGCGCACUUUUAGACAGUCUUUGGUGAUAUUAAGAAAAAAGAAGGUUUGGGGAAAUUUCUAGGAAAUUGAAGUCUUAAAAGCACGAUUGUCUAGACCAUCUUUGUAGCAAAUGGGAAGGUAUGGGUUCAAGGAAACAUUCCUGGCUAUUUUUCAAAAUUUUAAUUUUAAAAACACAUACAGUUGGCGCCAAGGGCGCCCAUAUAUGGGGGGCAAGGGGGGAGGGGGCAUGAGCCCCCCUUAGAAAUUAAAACUUUCUUUCUUUUAAUAGUUUUUUCUUUUUAAAAAUGUAAAAACAUUUCUUCUCCAGUCAUUAAAGAAAAAGUUAUUAAAAAUUUCAAAUUUUAAUGACUUUAAUCUGCCUUGAAAUCGGUUCCAUGGAGAAAAUACCCAGCUAAACCAUGGGGAAAAUAUCUAAGCCCCCCCCUUACAAUUUUGCAUAUGGGCACUCUUUGUAGGCACCGUUUAAUGUGAUCACUUUGGGACAGAUAUAAUUUGAUAACAAUAACCGAAAAGAAUCCAGGAGACACAAAAUGAUUUUUUUCCAAUUAAGGUACAUUUAUUUUCGCAACCUCAAAUUAAAAUAACAAUGACUCAACUGAACGCAGUUUUAAAUUAUAAAUUAUUAAAUUAACAGAAUGGAAAUAUCUGAAUUAUAAAAAGUUAAAGCUAAAUUAUGCAAUUUUUAAUAACAUAGUAAUAGAUGAAGUAAAAUAUGACAGUUUUCCCUAACAUUCGUAAAGCAGUUUCAAAGUACAUUCAGCUUUUCUAUCUUUUCCAGCAUGGUUUUGCUUGUGAUUUUAAUUUUACUUCGCUUUGUUUUCAAUCUUGACACUAUUCUUUUACAGCUUACAAAGUAAUGGCAACAAUGGAGGUCCUACAUCAAUGCCUGCAACAUGUGCAGCGACUGAAUUUUUUUAGAUGCGAAAGAAAGUUAUUUCUUUUGCUCAAUAUUAAAGUCCAGCGUGGCCACUGGGGGCAAACUUUCUGUAAUUUUAUUCCUAGAAAAAUUUUGAACUGCUAUUGAAAACCACAAAAUGCUACAUAGAAAGUUAGUCUUAUCAGGGUUUGUGUAUGUAUUUCUCUUAAUUGAGGAACAAAAAGGGAACAAUAAAUGAAGACACUGAUUGCAAUAUCCGACUUUUUUAACGCGUGUUAACAUACAAGUGUUACGGGAUUUUGUGAUUCUGAUAUAACAUUAACCGUGAUCACAUUAUGCGGCGCCUACUGUAUUUUAGACGAUAUUUGAUGCUAAGCAGGAGGGAAAGUUUGAGGAACGUCUCCAAGAAAACUUUUGAACUUAAAAGGAAAGAAAAAUAAUUGAGUGAUUUUAAAAAUUGUAACUUUUUUACUUCAAAAUCUUUAUUGCCAUGCUAAAUGUACACCAGGAGACAUAAAACUCUCAUACCCGAAUGUGGCUCUCAGCCACUAGGGAAAUACCAUUUUGUUACUACCCUCACAAAGCAAUUUUACUAGAGAGGAAAUAUUCUGGUGAGUCACCAAAGCUGCACAUAGUCAUGUACUGUUGUGAUGCAGUAUGAUUUGCUUCCUCUUGAAUAUGGCUCCAGCCUAUUACCAUAGUCCCCAGACCUUGCACCCUUUGAUUUUUGUUUAUUCCUAUCUUUGCAGAAAACCAAAAGUGAAAAAGAUGUCAGAAUAGCAAUGCCCAAGUUCUCGAAAAACAAGGUGUUCUUCAAAAUAUCAUUUACAAAUUCCCAUCAUGCUGUCAACAAUUCAUAAGUGACAAUGGAAAAUAUAUUGUACAGAAAAUAUUAUUAAAUAUAUUUAAAACUACAUAAUUUUCUUUCUUUUCAUUAACAGACAGAAUUUUCCAGUAGACCUAAUAUAUGUAAACAUUUGUUGAUUUCUAUUAUUCAAACUGUACCAUUUGCUCUGUUAAGUUUUAUUUGUGUUAGUUUUUUUUUUUUUUUUUUUUUUUUUUUAAUUUACCAUCAAUGCUUCUUAAAAUUAUUAAAAAUGACCUAUCUGUAAGAAUUUUUAUCUUUCAACUGUUUCAAAGUAUUGGCCAUUUUGAAUGGUUCUGCUCCAUACAAUCAGCUUUAUUCAACAAUCCUAGUUAAACAAUUUAUGCUAUUGCACUUGACUGAUUAAAGAUUAAAAGUAACCUUGUAAGAUAAUGUAUAUUGACACUCUUAGCCCAAAAGGAUGUAUGUUUAAAUUUACUGCUUUUUCAAUGAGGAAAAAAAGUUUUUAAAAUUUUUUAUUAUAUUCAAUGGAAUUGUUAAUUUUAUUUUAUUGGUAUUACUUUGUCAUUUAAUAUGAUAGAUAGCUACAUCAUUAUAGUAUUUAUUAUGAAAGAUAUAACAAGCAUUGCAGUCUGAGAAAUCUUCUACAAAAACCCAUUACAUCAGUGUGAUAUCUUUGUGCUAGAAUGAAAAUAACAAUGUUAGAAUAAAAAAAAAAAGGCUGCAGAUACGUGUUUCAAGGUUACAAAGAUUUUCAGUGCAUAAAGUAAUGAGCUUAUGGAUGUUAAGACAUUGACAUUCGACAAAAUAUGAUUUUAUGUAGUAGAUGACCAACUGAUGACAUUAAGAAAUUUAAGAAAUUAAAAAAAAGCAACUUUUGACGUACAUAUUUUUUACUUAGGAUGUAAAUAUAUUCUGGCAAAAAAGGUCCCUUAUUGAAAGACAAAUUAUGAUGUUCUAUGUCUUUGGAAACAAUGUUGUCUUCACACUGAAUGAAUGACAGCAUGGGCUAAACUUUUUAAUGAUUGUCAUGAGCUAAGAUUUUUUUUUUCUGUCACUAGGUCUACUGUUCACCUACCUGUUUUAAAAUUGUACAUAUUAAAAUUAUUCCAAUAAAUGAAUA